UGGACUACCUCGCUGUAAAGUAACGUUCACUGGUAGGAAGAAUCAGUGACAGGAGAAAAAAGAACAGGAGGCUGUUAGUAGACUGAUGGUCAGACACCGGUGAACUUCUCUGCAAGACACCAGUGAUUUACAAACUUAACAUAGCUCGAAGAACACUGGACUGUGAAGUCUAUUAAAUUUAAAUAGAAGACCUAGGCUACUACUCAAUCAACUAAAUAGUUUGGACUAUAAGCAGACGGUUUACGUUGUUCCUGGCCAAAGUAAUGCAGUCAUUGGGCAGCGCCACUAAGUGGUCUUCACACGAGUCCCUUUCCUCCACUCCAAGUUUCCCCUACAGUGAGAGCGACCAGACGGAAGAUGAGGGUGACGUCUUUUCUGAGGGAGAGGGGGAGGGAGGCCGGGCCUCACUAGAACGAUUCUCCCUGGUGGCUGCCAGCCUGCCUAUCCACCUCCGCCCUGUAGGGUACCAAAGGGAUCAGCGGGGGACCCUGGAGGGGCAGUUGGGUGGGGCAGGCCGCAAUGGGCAAUCCCCCUCCCCUGCCACACCACCCACUGAGGGGGACUUGGCCUUUGCUCGAAAGUGUUCCGAGCUCCAAGGAUACCUCAGACCACUUCUGCACCUGCUUAAUGGACUGAAGACGGGCAGAUUUGACAAAGGUCUCAACACGUUCCAGCAAAGCGUAGCCAUGGAUAGGCUGCAAAGGAUUGUGGGAAUGUUGCAGAAACCUCAUUUGGGAGAGAAAUAUCUGCGCUCGCUUCUGCAGAUAGAGAUGAUGCUGAAGAUGUGGUUCCCUCAGGUGCGCUUGCAACACUGCGUGCCCUCUGACCGCCAUAGAACCACCCCUCGUCAUAUGCCCCACUGGCACCAGGACCAGCUGCACAUCCCAGUCAAAAAACGCAAAAGGAGUUGGUCAGACUCGGACUCGUCCAGCUCGAUCUCUCCACUCUACAAACAGGUCGAGAACCCCCAGUGUGGACAGGGCAUUGGGUCUGCUGAAAACACGCCCCCAAGGGAGGAGUCAGAGUCAACAACAUUGCAACAUGGCACUGAUCUGUGUGUCUCCUCUGAAGUGUCCCCCCACAACGCCAAGCAGAGAGGAGGUCUGCUUCCUCUGGUCAUCGCACCUCCUUCUGUGGAGAGCUACACUGAUACCCAGGACAGCUGCAUCUCCUCCACUACUCCCAUUUCCCAAAAGCUACACCUGCCUCCCCAUGAUAAACCCCUCCCACCAGGCAACAGUAGCCAAUGGGGUGCUGUUGGGGGCGGGGAAGUAGGAGGGGCUAAGGGUAAAGGCACUGAUGAGUGUAAUCAGUAUUCAGAGGAGGCCGGCCUUACAAACAAUUUGUAUUGUAGUUUGUCUGGUAAAUCCACAAACACGUAGCAAUGAGAUGCCAGUUUAUUGGUCUUCGGAUAUGAUUGUGCGCUACCAUGUUGCCAUUUGAAGGUUAUUUGGAUUUCAGACAUUGGAUAGCAAUUUUUUUUUUUUUUUUUUGUCGGAUAUGGAUGUUGAAAACAUUUUACUUGAUGUCUUAUUCAUCAAUGUUUUUAUUUUUUGCUUUAAGCAUAUGGUAAAUUCCGAUGGCCUUCAGAAUUCUUCUCCUGGAGCUCAAAGAGGCACUUCAUCCAAUAUAUUCUACUUGAAGAUGAUAUGCCGAAAAUGCCUCAGUGAUAAUGAAGUAGUGUACAGCUUAUGCAGUGCAUUCUCAGAAACAGAAGCUAGCUCUACUGCCAGUGCGAAUGGCUACAGCUACUGCUACUGCACCUGAUAAGCGUCACUUGAAUCAGAGGUGUACCACUGGAAUCACACUGAGCUCAGAGAAACUGUAACUUUUUUUACUAAACACUUACUGAAGAAAGGAAACAAUCGGCAAUCUUCAACAAAGGUUCAAAUGAGUUUAUCAGUCUUCUACCAAAAAGUUGACAAACUUGAUACAUUUUCUCAUUAAAACAUAUGAUGGUUUGCAGGCUCAUAGCAUUCAACACUAUACACCAAGUACUUCCCAAUACAAUCAAACACAGCCUAAACGGUGAUGUGAACCAUCUUGUAAGAACAAGCACAUCAUAGUCACACAAAUGUCAGUCCAUCAAAAAAAAGAAACAACUGGCAAGUAGUCUGACAAUUUAAAAAAAAAAAAAAAAAAAAAAAACUGCCGUUGGCUCUCUGACCCUUACAACUUGAAUGGUGAACAACCACUAAGACUAGAAAGAGCAAAAGAAGAAAUGUGAUUAUCUGUGAUAAACAUGUGGUUAAACCAUAUAGUGGUGGGCAUUUUAUUUUUCCAAGGGGUCAUUACUUGAAGAAACUGGAUUAUUAGCAGCCUUAAGGUCAUCCCUAAAACCCCAGGGAUGCUACGGGAACAUCCAAUGAGACUCUUGACAACUUGAUGUGUAUUUAUUUUGUAUUUUGACGAGUUGCACAUGCUGUCUGCGCAUUGUGAUAUUUUUCUUUUUCCUGUGUUGUGUUCUUUUUUUUUUAAGUAAGGAAAAGAGAAUGAAGUGUCAUUGCCAAACGCUACUUGCACAUGAGUUUCAAAAGGCGUUAAAAAUAUGUGGCCAUUUUUUUUUUUUGAAAGAAAAAUACGAAAUGUUCUUGUAUGUCCCUUGUAUUUCGUUUUUUUUUUUUUGUUUAUAUUUUCCAUUGGUCAUCAUCACAUCUGUAAUAAAACAAUUUUUAUGGGUUUAUUUGGUACAGUCCCCCAUGCACACAGUAAGAGUGCAUGUUCUGUAUGAGUGUGCACAUUGACUCCAAACAUGACUGGGAUCUCUUUAUCAGGCAUAAACACACAGUACAGAUUGACUGACAACUUUGUCCUGCAAGAUAGGAGAAAAAGAUAGGGGGGGGGGGACUAUGACCUAUACACAACCUCAGAGAUGGUCCAGGUGUUUAUAAAUUUGCACACAUUUGUCAGAUCUGAUCUCAGACAUUCAGUAACUGUCUUUGUUAAUUUGUCCUAUUCUGUGCUGUGUGUCGGUGUCAUCAAUGUAUAUAUGAAAUGACUGGAAACAGCGGGGUGCAAAUUCUAAAUACAACUGAAAUCUCAGUCUGACACUUAGGAGUUGUAGAAGGAGUGCAUGAGAAAGUAAUUGUGUUUGCAGUGAACGUGGGAAACCCCAGUAGGAAUCUGCCGCUAUCAGCUUUACAUCGGUUUUGUUACUCCAAGACUUGAUUGCAACCCGGCAUUGAAUUGUCAGUGCUAUGCUCUUCUUAUUUACCCUAGCACCAUAUAUUUUCAUAUUUUGUUCUCUUCUGGGAUAUUUUGCAAUGGUUGUUGAAAAAUGAUUAACCAGUCACAGCAUUUUGAUAAAUAAAACAUGAAUGUGUUA